CUUUUACAUAUAUUUGAUCAUUAUAAUUGAUUUUAGUUUAAAUUAAACAUAAAUAAUAAUGUACACCUAUGUAUAAUUUUAAUUCCAGAAUUGGAAAAGGUGUUGAAAAGAGAAGGCGAAAAAUUAUAUAAAUAAUAUAUUUAACACAGUUGGCACUGACAAUGUCAAUAGAAUUUAAAAAAUGAAUUAUUGUUUUCCAUAAUUUUAUUAUACACAUUUUGCUGCUUUUUGUAUUCCUUUUUUCAGAGUUUUUGUAGAGAUAAACUUCUCACGGGAUUAAAAUUUCGUGACAAACAGGCCUAGUAUAACAAGAAACAUUUAUAGUAUUGUGGUAACUACACAAUACCAGUUAGCAACUAUGGGUACAAAUAUAAAGGAAGAGUUUUCAGAAUCGAAGGAUUACGUCGUAAAAACUGAAGAAUUCGAAGAUCUAUCUGAAACGAUGUUAGAAGGCAUAGGAAAUGACAAAAAACCAUUAGAAGAUGCUUUAUUGGCAGAUCCAGAUAAUUGUGCCAUGUGUGGUGGUGCUCUAGUAAUUCCUCGAAUGCUUCAUUGUUUACAUGUAUUUUGCGAGGAUUGUCUUGACAAAAAACUUGUGUGUGACGGCGCUGGUGAUGCAGGAUCCAGAGAUACUUCAGUCACCUGCCCUACUUGCAGUUAUUCCACUCUGGUUGGAACAAAAAAGCUUGCUGCACUUCCCCUUGACGUUACAAAAACCAAUAUCUCUGAUGUCUCAAACUCGUCAAGUCUACAUUGCACCUCAUGUACAGCAAAAGAAGUCGCGAAAUCUAGAUGCAGCACUUGUCACAACUUGCUAUGCAAUAAUUGCGAUACCGCUCACCACUUCAUGCGCUGUUUCGAGUCGCACAAAGUUGUCGCUUUAGACGAUAUGCGCAAAGACGGCGCAAAGAUCACAAUUCACAAGCCUCUCGAAUGUGAUAUGCAUCAAGGCGAGAAUAUCAUCUACAAUUGUACCGUUUGCAAUGUAACUGCUUGUGCGGAAUGCGUUAAAACAGAUCAUAAAGGUCAUCAGUGCGAGGGUAUAUUGGAUUCCGAAACACGGGUUCGUCAAGAGAUGGAAGCUUUGCUUACAAGAAGCCGGGAGAAAAUCGAGAAGCUUGCUAAAGCUUCUGCUAAUCUGAACAAUAAUAUGGAGGAAUUGGCUCACCAACGAUCUACCGCUAGAGAUCUUAUCAAUGAAUCAUAUCAGAGUUACAAGGCUGUUCUCGAAAGGUGUAAGGACGAGAUCAUUGAAGAACUCAAUAAGCUUUACCACGAACGUGAAUUGAAUAUCAUGAAGGAAACUGAUGAAUUGGAUAAAACUAUUGAUAACAUGGAAGAUGCUUGUAGAUACACUUCUCGCUUACUAGAAACCGGUACGGUGCCCGAGAUGAUGUAUUUGAGAAAAGUGGUCGCUUCAAGAUUAAUAGCACUAAACAGCAAGUCACCUAAGUUGGAGAAGUGUUACACGAUUGAGUUCAAAUCUGAUUUGAAUAAAUUCGAGAGUGUAAUCAAGAAUAACUUUGGUGUAUUCCGUACAGAGAGCGACAUUAUAACAAAAUCUAAUCUACCUGAUUUACCGCCCCUUAAUAUAAAUGGGGUUACAAAUAGUAAUACCAACCCAUCGACACCCGCUAUAAUUACAAACGGUUGUAACGGCCCGUCUGUAACAACAGGUAGUCCCAUAUCUCUACCGACGUCCAUGCAGUCUUCGUUCGACGGAGAUAUAGGAAACAAUUUGCAAAACUUAAUGGCCCAGAGUCCUCCUUUACCUCAUGCCAGUUCCACCGCUGCUCUUCAAGGGUUUUCUAGCAUCGCCGAGUACAAUUUGGCCCAAUUGGCCACCCUCGCUGAGACCACUAACAGCGCUGCCACAUCGCCUACAGCGCCACCAUUCAAUUUGGCCGACCUUUUAACCAAUGAUACUGCCUACAAGAAUCUUGCUUCGCUCGCCAAACUGGGAUUGACAGCAAAUGAUCCCUUGACCAAUAUUCUCCCCUCUACAGGAACCACUACCGCUCCAUCCAUUCCCCGUUCCAACAAGGUCAGUCCCAUGCAGAUCAGAUGCAAAUUUGGGCAAUUAGGACCCAGCAAGGGGCAGUUUAACUCUCCGCACGGAUUCUGUUUGGGUUUAGAGGAAGAUAUUAUUGUCGCUGACACUAAUAAUCAUAGAAUUCAGGUGUUUGAAAAAACUGGCACGUUUAAAUUUCAAUUCGGCAUCCCCGGUAAAGACGAAGGACAGCUCUGGUAUCCGCGCAAAGUGGCCGUCAUGAGAAACACCGGCAAAUAUGUCGUAUGCGAUCGCGGUAACGAACGUUCUCGCAUGCAAAUUUUUACCAAAAACGGCCAUUUUCUCAAGAAAAUUGCGAUACGCUACAUCGAUAUCGUAGCUGGAUUAGCGGUUACUUCGCACGGAGAAAUAGUAGCUGUCGAUAGUGUUAGUCCGACGGUUUUCAUUAUUGGAGAAAGUGGAGAGUUGCUUAGAUGGUUUGAUUGCAGUGAUUUCAUGAGAGAACCGUCUGAUAUCGCCAUCCAUGGAAAAGAAUUUUACGUAUGCGACUUCAAAGGUCACAACGUGGUCGUUUUCAGUGAAGAGGGUCAUUUUUUGCGUAGAAUUGGAUGCGAGAAUCUGACCAAUUUCCCCAACGGAAUUGAUAUAUCGGAUGCCGGAGACGUGUUGAUUGGUGAUUCUCACGGCAACAGAUUCCAUGUCGCAGUUUUUUCGCGCGAUGGAUCAUUAAUUUCCGAAUUCGAAUGUCCCUAUGUCAAGGUAUCGAGAUGUUGCGGCUUGAAGAUAACUUCUGAGGGUUAUGUGGUAACCCUGGCGAAGAACAAUCAUCACGUGCUAGUUUUGAAUACGCUGUACAUCCUGUAAACCCCCGAAUGUUGAGAACCUCGAGAUCCUUACGUGCCCUAAAAGUCCUUUCCUUACUCAUCUUGUUCAAUCGUUUUAAGAAUCUGCAGUGUUUUCCCCGCCUGUUGAGCUGUGGCAUUUAACAAUAUUUGAUAAAAACAAUUUUUUGAUGUAUCCUUUCCUCGUAGAUCGUACUGUAUUUAACGCAUUCAAGCAUUUUUCUCCAACUAAAGAUAUUUUACCAGAGAGAUAUAUAUUUUCUUACAAAUAACUUUUAAAAUCGUAUAUAUUUUAUAUAACUUUUUUUUGAAAAGAUUUAGGUAAUUUGAAAUUUAAAAAAAAUAAAUCUUUGUUAGUGAGUAUGAAAGGACACUUUGUGGUUAUUUUGCUACUAAGCAGCAUAUAAUAUUCCCAAAAAAAUAAUUCAAAAAAGUAUCCACCAGGUAACUAAGAUUUUUUUUAAUUUUUAAUUUUAGCAUUUAUAGAAUCUAAAAAUACAAAUUUCAGACUAUUUUGACGCAUGACCAGACUGCCCUGAGUUUUGUUUUAUUAAUGUACGUCAAAAGUUUACUUUAGGCACUCUAAAAUGUUUAUAGCAAAUUUAUCAAUUAAUAUUAAAAUAAAUCUGUCAAAAAGCCUGACGAAUACGACGGUUUUAACACGUUGACUGUCACAGUAAUUUUCUGGAUUUCUGUCUAAAAAGCCAAUUUAAUUUAAACAUAUAUUAUUUAAAAAUUUAAUUAUAGUACAGGGAAUUUUUUUUUUUCGAGAAAAACAUUUUGCAAACUAUCGGAAGUUCUUCGCUGAAGCCCUACGAGUUAAUUUGUGCACAUACGCGCUACAACCUGAUUUCGGCCUACUAUACCUGAGUCAGAGAUAUUUAUAUGAUUAUAUUUUUUGUUCAUCUAAGCCAGGCUUGAUUUUGUAUUCCUACUCUUAUUUACCCUGAUUAUUACAAAAUAAGAACACAAACUACGAAUUAACUCGUGCUUGGCAGUCAACGUGUUAAAUAACUACCUGGUUUUAAAUAAGUGCGACAAAAAAAUCUUAUUCGUAGGCAGUGGCAGUUUAUGUUGUGUUGUUAAUUGCAUGCAGAUGCCAAUCUGUAAUGUGUUUAAAUUAAUAAUUUUGUAAGUUUUUUUUACUCAAAAAUGUCGCAUCUCAAAAACCCUAGAGCUUUUUAUAUUUCAAAUUGAACGGGACAUUAAAAAAAAGCAUAGGUGUUGCAAUAAACAUUUUAUAGUACCCAAAGUAUAUUUUUGCUGUAUAUUAAUAAAACAAACUUCAAAACCGUCGAAAGAGUGUGGGAUUUCUAUUUCUAGAUUCUAUAGAUGCAAAAAUAAAAAAAAAUUAUCUAGUACGUAUGUUUUUCAAUUAAUUUUUUGCAACUGUUAUAUGCAAAAUAAUUUCAAAUUCACUAACAUAAAUAUUUACUGUUCGCCAUCAGCUCUUGGGCUAGAAGCAAAGAACAACGGUUUUUUUCUUUUUAAGGUAGACAUCAAAUACUUCUAGUAAUCACACUGUCGGAUCUCGUACUAUUUUUUAAAUGUUUCAAUAAAAUCAAAAUACAUCAUGUCAUUGUGUGAUUCUAGUUCAAUUAAUCUUUAAAGAGUAUAAAUCUCUCUGGGAAUUUUUAUUUAAAUCUUUAGUCAUAAAACUGGCCAUGUAAUGGGAAUACUUGAGGAAAAAGAUUUUUAUUAACAUUUUUGGAAAAGUUAAAUUUAAUCGUACGAUCUACAUGGACUUGAAAAAUGUCUGUAACAAUCACUUAUAAUCUCUGGUUAAUAGACCAGUUUCGUGUACCUUAAGUAGCACUCUUGUUCCUCUGCUUAACCUAAAACAAUUUCCAACUGAUUUUUCAUACCUAAUAUUCGGAUAAUACUAUAUAUACGUAUAUACAUAGUUUAUCUCAUAUUGUAUAUGUAUUAUAUUUACAUUUCUAACGCGUUUUUUGAUAUUUCUAUUUAAAAAUACGACUAAAGACUUGGAUUUCGUAAUUUUUAUUUACACAAACAUGAAAUGUUCUGAUUAUUAUGUUCUGUGGCUAAGAACAUGAUUUUUUUU